AUGUCGGCAUCGGCAUCGGAGUGGGCUGCCAGCUACAGGGUGCAGCACGUUGGCAUCGUCAUCGGAGUGGGCUGCCAGCUGCAGGGGAAGCAGCCGGUGAGGCUGCCGGCAUGGCUGCCGGUGACACUGCCGGCGAAGCUUGCAGGCCUGGCGUGCCUAGAGGAGCUGGCUCAAACAUACAGGCUGGGUGCAACUGGCUGUAGCUCGGACUGGUCACCUCCAGGCUGGCUGCUAGCUCGCGAUGUGCUGUGGCUACUGGCGUUCUGCGGCUUCGCUAUCAAUUAUUCUGUUCGAGUCAACCUCAACAUCGCCAUCGUGGCCAUGGUGAAGGGCAGCGCGCCGCUUGCUAGAGAGGCCGAGGACGUCGGAUACUGCACGCAGUCCGGAGCUGUUUUUCAAAAUACCUCCGAUGUUAGCAUCACCAUCGAUCAAGGCAGCCUCUGGAACGUCGUCACUGGCGCAAACAGUACCAGCUUCAACACGUCAUUGGAGAUUGGCAGUACCAACCUGCAGGAGGGCCUCUUUGACUGGGAUGAAAAGCAGCAGGGUCUGGUGUUGGGCUCCUUCUUCUGGCUACACUGGUCCACACAGAUCCCAGGCGGCAUACUGGCGAGGCGUUUCAGCCCGAAGCUGGUGUUCGGUCUGAGUAACCUGGCAGCUUGCCUGCUCGCCGUUCUCAUCCCAUUGGCUGCCAGCGUCGACUAUCGAGCCCUCAUCGCAGUCAGGGUCUUUCAGGGCAUCGUUGCGGGUAUGGCGUGGCCGGCGAUGCACUGCCUGAUAGCGCGGUGGGUGCCUCCCAACGACAGGAGUAAGUUCGUCAGCGCCUACCUGGGCGGCAGCAUGGGCGCAGCGCUGACGUUCCUUGUUUCGGGCCUCCUGAUUGGCUGGCUGGGGUGGCCCGCCGUCUUCUACGCCACCGCAUUGGCUGCGAUCGUCUGGUUCUUCGCCUGGUGGCUCCUCAUCUUCGACCACCCGCACAAGCAUCCCCGUAUCUCGACCUGCGAGCUAGCAAACCUCCACGCCAGUUUGGGAGAAGAUACUGCUGUCAAUAAGCCAACUACGCCUUGGAAGCACAUCCUGACCUCGCCACAAGUGUGGCUGAUCGUCUUCACGCAGUGGGGAGGUUUCUGGGGGCUGUUCACGGUGCUGACGCAGGCGCCCACCUACAUGAGGAACAUCCACGGCUGGGGUAUCGGCAUGGUCGGUCUUCUGACAGGGCUGCCACACGUCUGUAGGACGAUGUUCUCGCUGGUCGUGUCCUCUGUUGGUGAUUGCCUGCUCAAGAGGGGCCUCUUAUCCAGGACUAAGCUCAGGAAGUCUGCCGCCGUUAUAUACCUGCUGGGGCAGGGGGCGCUGCUGGUGGGCGUGGCUUGCUCCGGCUGCAGUGGCGUGGCCGCCGCCGCCUGCAUCACGGCCUCCGUCGCCGUCAGCGGCGCCAUCUCCACGGGGCCCCUGGCCGCCAUGAUAGACCUCAGCCCCAGCUACUGCGGAAUCCUGCUGGCUCUCACGAACAUGAUAUGUGUGACACCGGGUUUCAUCUCGCCAAUCAUGGUGGGCCAUCUUACGUACCAGGCUCAAACGCCGGAACAGUGGCGAGUGGUGUUCUUGGUGGUGGCGGCGCUGGUGUCGUUCUCCGGUCUGAUGUACGUGCUCUUCUCAACGGCGCAGCGGCAGCCCUGGGACCCACCCUGUGGGCAGCCCUACGCAGGUGCAGGGGAAGGCGUCGCAGCCGAGAGACAGCCCCUCCAGGAGGACAACGCCCACAAGGGAUGCACCUAGGCUGCCGCUUACUGUCAGGAAACACCCCUACGUACUACUGUACCCUCUACGACCGUUUCAUAAUAGGGGACCUUCCAUAGUCAGUACAUGUAAUCUUGGUAGUCUUGACAUUGUAUCUAACAUUUUGGUCUACCUUUUAAAUCCAACAGUACACAUUUCCAAUCAAUUACAUCCAGCCUAUUGCAUUCUUCCUAACUAACUAUUCAUCCUAAAUGACAAUCAGUGACACUGUUCCCUAACUAUCUAUCAAACUGCAGGUGUGACCCAAGGAUCCGUCCUAUCACCGCUCCUUUAUCUCUUAUACUCAGUCAACGAUCCAAAUGAACUCCCUCUUGUGUACAUGCUUCGAUAUCCAGUAGACACUGCCCUCUUUGUAGAUCACCCUACCUUCCAUUCAUCUCAAUGGACCCUUCAACUCCAUCCCAACAACUUCACCUUGUGGAAUAACUUGUGAUACCUUUCCAUCAAUCUUGCAAAACCCCAGGCAAUAAUUAUAGGAAAAAUCACCCAUUAGUCUGACAAUUCAUAUCACCACUGCCUGACCCAACAAACCAGAACAGUAAAAUUUCUAGGACAAACAUUUAUUCAAAAACUAACCUGGACCCUGACCUACUAAAAAUCCCAAAGCCCACAAUAUGUUAAACUCCUGAAACAAGUAAUCAGGUUGACAUGGAUGGUAAACCCCAUGACCAUAAUGUAGCUUGGACUUCUGUUUCUGCCAAUUUUAUCAGUCGCACGAGAUCCUGGAAUGACAUGCGCUCCAUGUUACUUACCGUACCUGACUAACUUCUCCCACUUGUAUGCUGUACCAGUUCACCAAAUACGCACACCUCCUCAAACACUAAGAACACCUUCAGCUCUCCUAAAUCUUCCAUAAACAUGAGUCCCAGUACCCCAUAGUCUCCCCUAUCGCUGAGGACACUUGCCUCCUGCUACAUGUCAGUCAUCACAUUCCACCAUCCCUUCAUUUACAAACAUUCCACCUUGUGGAACAUAAUUUCUGCCAAUUUUCCCUCCAAAGCCUUGAACUCAUCUCUUCAGUAUACCCUUUCUUCCAACCAUAACCUAUCUGUCCCAUUGCAAAAAAGGCUACAUCUCUCCAUAUCCUUGCCCUGCUAGUGUCCCAUUCGUAUCAUCCCACCUACGUCUGACGAAUCAGUUCCUCACCAUACAGAAAUCCAACAUCCUUUUUCAUAUAAUACGCACUCCAAUACUUACACCUCAGUCCUCACCCAUACCUACCAGAAACCCCAUCAUACCACAGUCAUAAUGCAAAAAUGCACAUCACCAUCAUCUUCUGAUAAAACUCAGCUAUUUUAUCUCCUUCAAUCUUUUAGACUGAGCUGUAAAUUUAUAAAUCAGCUACUGAAGAGUGACAAUUUGGCAACUGCCUGUCUCCCUAAUUGGGGAAAUGCACAUAACUGAUAAAUAAACCAAAUACAAAUCUCCUACACAACUUACAAAGUUGUCUUACAUUUCCUACAGACUUGAUACCAACCAUCUUAUCAUGUUCUAUUGAUCUUCAAUCCAGUACUCCAAUGCACCAAUGUUGUUGUGGUCAUCAGUUUGAAGACUGGUUUCAAAGUCUCCACACUAGUUCAUCCCACAUAAGUUUCUUUAUCUCUGCACCCUACAUCCAUCUGAACCUGUUUACUCUUUUCGUACCUUGGUCUCCCACUGCGGUUUUUAACCUUCCUUUUCUCACUUCCCCUGACUCCAACAAAAAUCUUUCCACUCUGAUUCAGUUCAGUAUCUCUUUAUUAGUUAUUUUAUUUACCCAUCUAAUCUUAAGCAUUCGUGUGUACUAAAACAUUUCAGAACCCAUUCUCUUGUUGUUGUAUGGUUUAUUGUGCAUGUUUCGCUUUUGUAUUAGGCUUGACCAAAAAAACAAAUACUUCGAGAGAAGACUUAACACCUAAAUUAAUAUCUGAUUUUAACAUAUUUCUCUUUUUCAAAAAUUGUUUCCUUGCUAUUUCCAGUCUGCAUUUUACACUCUUUAUUUCUGCCAUUCUCAGAUAUUAUCUGUCUAAAUAGCUGAAUGUGCCUAUUGCUUUCAGCAUCUUGCUUCCCAGUCUAGUCUUCUCAGCAUUACACAGUUUAAUUCGACUACAAUUCAUUACCCUUGUCUUACUUUUAUCAAUGUUUAGUUUUUAGCCUCCUUUUGAGAUGCUAUCCAAAUCUCUUUCUGUAACUAGCAGAAUUACAAUGCUCUCAGCAAACAUUAAAGCUUUUUCUCUGAAAUUCAGUUCACUUAUCGCAUUUCUUAUUUGAUUCAUUUACUGUUUGCUCAGUGUACAGAUUGACUAAAGUGCAGAACAUACUGCAUUCAUGUCUCACUUCGUUCUCAACUUCUGCCUUUCAUGUCCUCCUACACUUUGAACUGUAGUCAAGCUUUUGUUCUGCAGAAGUUGUAGUUAGCCUGUCACACAGUGUAUUUUAUCUAUUAUAAUGAGAGAUUUGCCAAGAGUGUAAUCCAUUAAACUUUGUAAAAAUCGUUUUGUUAAUUUGCAAAUGCUAAAAAUAUUGAUUUAACUUUUUCAACUGAUUCAUAGUA